UUUACACUGACAACACUGCGUCUGUUGAUGUGUCGUGACUGUCUCAUUGGAAAUAUCAAUAUUUAGUAUUUUAUGAAAGAAAAACAAUAAUUUCGGAACAAUUUUUGAUAUUUAUAUACUCCAAAAUAUACAGCAUCUUUCAAUGUAAAAGUCAUGGACGACAGAAUCAUGGAUUGCAGCAGUUCCAGUUACACCGAGGGCGAGCACGAGCACCCGCGUACAAUUAUACACAUCGACAUCGACUGCUUUUACGCUCAAGUAGAGAUGCUGCGCUGUCCGGAACUGCGGUCGGUGCCGCUCGGGGUGCAGCAGAAGAACUUCGUGAUCACGAGCAACUACGAGGCGCGCCGCUGCGGGGUGCACAAGUGCAUGCUCGUCAACGAGGCGCUCAAGGUGUGCCCCGACAUCAAGCUGGUCAACGGAGAAGAUCUCACGAAUUACAGGGCAGCUUCUAACAAAAUAUUCGAACUGUUAUCCAGUUGGAAAUGUCCCGUCGAAAAAUUGGGCAUGGACGAAAACUUUAUAGAUGUCACAAAGUUAGUACAAGAGAAGUUAAAAAGUGCAGAUGUGAACAAUAUUAUUGUGCCUGGACAUGUAUACGAGGAGCCGAUGACGGAGUGCGCUUGCGGGUGCCACAUGAGACUGAAAUUAGCAUCACAAAUAGCAAAUGAAAUGAGACAGAGGAUAUACAAUGAAUUAGGUUUCACAACUUGUGCUGGUAUUGCACAUAACAAACUGUUGGCAAAGCUAAUCUGUCCCCUUCACAAGCCUAAUGACCAGACGACCAUGUUCCCAGAACAUGCUGAGGGCUUUAUGUCCUCACUGCCUAGUGUACGCUCCAUUCCAAGCAUUGGUUCAAAGACUUCAGAAGCACUUGUGACACAGAAAAUUAUUACAGUGGCGGACUUACAGGGAGUACCUUUAGACUUUCUAAAGAAGCAUUUUAACAGUGACAUGGCUGUCAGAUUGAAGAGCCUAAGUAUAGGGAAUGACAAUACUCCAGUGAAGCAGUCCGGAAAGCCCCAGAGCAUAGGGUUGGAGGACAGUUUCAAGACUGUUAGUGUUAAGAGUGAGGUGGAAGAAAAAUUUUCUGCUCUGCUCCAGAGACUCCUGGUGCUAGUUAGGGAGGAUGGACGCAUUCCUGUCUCGCUCCGAGUCACUCUGCGGAAAAAGGAUGCCAAGAGACUUAGCAGUCACCGGGAAUCCAGACAGUGUCAGAUCUCACCAUCCAUCUUCACAAUAUCCAAUGGCACAUUAUCCGUCACUCCAGCAGGGCAGCAGAAACUCUUAAGUAUCAUUAUGAGAUUAUUUAACAAACUCAUUGACUUGUCCAAACCAUUCCAUUUGACAUUAGUAGGGCUGGCAUUUACCAAGUUCCAGGAACGCAUGACAGGAAGGAGUUCCAUAGUCAACUACCUUAUGAAUGACAUAUCCGUCCAGUCUGUACUGAACUUGCAAAAUGACUGUGACACCUCUGUCUCAUCCAUGGACUAUUCCGCUCCCUCUCCAAGCAGCAGCACAACAACUGACUUGUCUGACGCGGAAGUGGAACCCUCGCCUAAGAAGCCCAAAAAAGUGAACUGGAUUGCAAAAAAAAGAUGUUUAUCUAAAGGGGAGGUAGCAUCACCAAGCAAGCUGAAAGUGGGAGAGUUACGACUGAACUCUAAAGAGUUAGAGAAAGUUUCAGAGCUCAGACUGAAUUCUCGAGAUAGAUCUUUAACUCCUAGAGCGAGUCCAGCUAAAGACAAUAUGUCUGACAACUCAGACACUAUGAAAGAUGUUGCAGAAGGAGGCUGUGAUAACUGUCCCAGCGAUGUAGACAAGGAGGUGUUCAGCGCGCUGCCGUACGAGAUGCAGCAGGAGCUAAAGGCCAUGUGGAAGAACCCCUCGGGCUCCGGCGUGGCACGGAGUAGCCCCCGAACAAUGAACAAAGCUAAACCGAACACAAUCUUAACAUAUUUUGUUCCACACAAAUAGUAUUAGUAAGAUUUUAUCUUGUUAAUAAUUUUAAGUGAUAAGUGAAUGGUUUCUAUUUUUUCAAAUCAUACAAUUUUAU